UUCUCUGUAUUUCCCCCCUUCUCCAUGCUCAACAUCACAAGGUUACGAUAGGCAGUUGAGGUAAUAUUAAUGGCGAAAACAUGUUUACUGCAAAAGCUUUUAUUGUGUCAGUAUGAUUCAGUUAGCAGAAAACUAUCGACUGCUCACCUGGAAGCAAAAAAACGCAGUAAUGGCAGUUCCCUUUCCUUCCGUCUGUUCAGUUUUCCACCUCCGUGGCAUUUGCACGAAGGUAUCAUCACCGCCUCAGAUCCGUCGCAAAUCUCCUCCAUUGAAGACUACGUCUCCUCUGUUUUCAUGCCUGCGACCGGAUUUGCAGGUCGCCGUUUCUCCUCAGACAGAGCAUUUCACCGCCGUGGAAUUUGUAUAAAGAUAUCAAUAUCAUCACCGCCUCAGAUCCGUCGAAAAUCUCCUCCAUUGAAGACUACGACUCCUCUGUUUUCAUGCUUUCGGUCGGAUUUGCAGGUCGCCGUUUCUCCUCAGACGGAGUUCAUCGAGAAGUUGUUGGAUUGUGAAGACUUGAGUGAAGAGGAAGCUGAAGAGUCGUUGGAGUUGUUGCUUGGAAAUGGAGAUGGUAAUCAAGCUUUGAUCAGUGCUUUCCUUGUGCUUCUUCGAGCCAAAGGAGAAACUUUUGAGGAGAUUGUAGGGUUAGCAAAAGCUAUGAUCAAAUGCAGCCGGAAGGUGGAGGGUAUAGAGGAUGCGGUCGACAUUGUAGGGACAGGCGGUGAUGGGGCUAACACGGUUAAUAUAUCGACAGGAGCUGCUCUACUUGCUGCUGCCUGUGGUGCUAGAGUUGCAAAGCAAGGAAAUCGAUCCAGUUCUUCUGCUUGUGGAAGCGCCGAUGUGUUGGAAGCCCUUGGAGUGAACAUAAAUUUGGAACCUGAGGGAGUGAAGAGAUGUUUGGAAGAAGUGGGCAUCGGUUUUAUGAUGUCUCCUAACUAUCAUCCGGCCAUGAAGAUUGUUGCACCUGUCCGAAAGAAGCUAGGAGUGAAGACGGUUUUCAACAUAUUGGGGCCUAUGCUCAAUCCUGCUCGGGUUUCCUCUGCAGUCGUAGGGGUGUAUAAGACGAAAAUGGCAAAAGCUUUGCAAAGAUAUGGCAUGAGAAGAGCUUUGGUUGUUCAUUCCGAGGGUUUAGAUGAGAUGAGUCCGCUCGGUCCUGGAGUAGCUUUCGACGUCACACCAGAGAAGAUCAAGAAGUUCCAUUUCGAUCCAUUGGAUUUUGGGAUUCCUCGAUGCACGGUUGAGGACCUACAAGGCGGGAACCCAAAAUACAAUGCGCAGGUGCUAAGAUGUGUGUUGUCGGGUGAGAGAGGACCCAUUGCAGAUGCAUUUGUUCUAAAUGCAGCAGCAGCACUUACAGUGAGCGGGCAUGUUGGCACCUUGGCUGAAGCAGUGGCGCUUGCUCGUGAAACACAUCAAUCCGGGAAGGCUCUUAAUACACUAGACCGUUGGGUCGCUGUCUCAAAUUUAAGCACAAACUAUGAUUCUUUUUCUGUCUAGCAUUGCCAAUGGUUUCAUAACUUUGCAGAUGGUUGAAGAGCUAGGGACUGUGCAUUAUUGACUUAAGUAGAAGGUCAAUGUCAAAACCCGGUAGAAAAUCGGCCUUUUGUUUGUCGAUUCAAUAAAAAUGUUCGGUCUACGAUGGCUAAAUUCUUAACUAUUUUUCCAAAAUUCAGCAAAACAUAAUUUUGGGCUGUUUGGUUGAUUUUCCAUUAAGUCAUGUACGGAUAAAAUUGUAUGGAUUAAUUUAUUUGUAUUGAUAUGGGACGGUUUAACGUGUUUUUUAAUUG